ACGCUAAAACAUACAGUUUACCUGUAGAGGGCAAUGAUAGGAAUUAGAACGUCGAAAAUACAUUAUCUGACACAAAUACAAAGGGUACGUCACCCUUUUUAUUUUGAACUAUUAAGUGUACGUCAUUAGUUUGGUAUUGGUCAUUCAUUUGUGUUCACCCUUGCAGUAACCGAUAAGGUGGAUGGAUAGCUAAUAGACCUACACAAUAUGUAUUGACCGACUUAAUUUUCAAGCAAGAUAUCCAAAAAUGGUAUAAGUGUGCCAAGUAUCAGACAAAAUGUUGCCUCCUGAGUUGAAAGAUCAUGUCAUUAGAAAACACAACUGCUCAAACGACAACUGCGCGUGCACCAACAUCAAAUACUAAAGCACCAGGUUCCUAUGAGAUCGAUACAGCAUCACAAGAAGCUAUUAAUUUUGUUCUUUGGGGAGCUUCAGGAUUAGCUGUAUUAAUUUUAUUUCUUCGGUUGAUCAUAUCCGUUAUCCAUAGAUUUCGACGACGACACAAUGAAGGUGUGCCGUUCUGGGGAAAUAACAGCAGAUGUACAUUACAAGAAGCCCCGCCUCCAAACUACUCGCAGAUAUCUAUUCGCACACUGCCUCCGUCAUACAGUCAGGGUUGUAGAAUAAUACAUUACCAUCCAUCUACAGGAAAUGUGUCACAACAGACGACAUCGACUGGAAACGACGUACCGGUGAACGAAGCGUAUUCGAAUUACAUUGCUGACACUGAUUUUACUGUUCCGACUUCAAAUGAUAAUGAUGGGACUGACGAUGAUGUGUUUGAUGCUUCUACAAACACAAAUUUUGAAACAGUUCAUUCUGGAUCCGAAACACAACUAUCCAAUGACAAUUAUAGCAACAACAGACUGUCUCGAACGCAUAUUGAAAACGAUUGAAAAAUACCCACUACAAAUGAAAAUAUAGGUGAAAGCAAAGACUUUGAUAUAUGAGAUCGCAUAGAAUAGCUAAUGUAUAACAAAAGCACUAUAAACGGGGUUUGUUGUCAAAGAAUCAUAUCAAAAAAACGAAACUAAAGAAUUAAAUUCAUGGAUAUAAUCCGAUAUUCAACACAAGCAGCUAAAGCCAACAUCAUAAAGAAACAUAUGCCAUAGAUGGCUUGCCCCGAUUAUAAAUAAUAGGUCUUGCAGCAUUAACGAUGUGGAGUCGUU